UGUUGGGGCAGUGAAGUAGAACGUUAAGCAAAUUUGUAUGGGCUGGGUCAAGAGCUGAGCCUCAAAGCUACACAUGCGCAGCAUAUAUAGCUAGUACUGCAGUUAAAAUAUAAUCCAGAAUUCAUGGAAUAUUUGGAUAAUUAGACAAACAUGGGUUAAAAUAUGACAUGAGGAACAUGACAUAUGAUGAAAAGUAGAGAAACACAUUAAACUGGGGUAUGUAUGUUUUGAAAGAGGGGUAGAUGGUUUAUUCCAUUAGUUUCUAUCAACAACUUUGCAACACAUGCAACCCCACCCCCCCACCCCCUAAUUCCUAUAAUUAGGUGUUUGUAACUGUAAAAAUUCUCCUUCCUUACAUAGUACCACAACAUUUAUUCCCCAAUCAAUUAUCAUUUACAACUCUCCUUGUAUUAAAUAUCCAUGGGCAAAGCCCUAGUUCCACCCCUUCCAAACUAAACAAAGCAAGAUCCCAAAACCUCAAAACCCUCCAAAUAUGGAGUCUAGUUCUAGAUUCGAUCCAUGCACCAACUCUGAAACCUCCGACACCUCCGAUCUCCUCGCCCUGGACCUCAACCUCUCCGGCCAGGACCACGGCCUCAUCAACCUCCUCGACAAAAGCUCCGCCGCCGACUCAUCGGAGCCGCGCGUCUUCUCAUGCAACUACUGCAACAGGAAAUUCUACAGCUCCCAAGCCCUCGGCGGCCACCAGAACGCCCACAAGCGCGAGCGCACCAUGGCCAAGAGGGCCGGCACCUCCGCCGCCUACACCCACCACGACGCCGCGGCGGUGCUCGGCUACCCGAGCAUGGCGUCGCUCCCUCUUUACGGCUCCAACAUGAACAGGUCUCUGGGGAUUCAGGUCCACUCCAUGAUACAUAAGCCCGGCUUUUCGGCGUAUAAUGGGCGGUCGGGCUGGGGGAGGAGGCCGCUCGACCAGCAGCCGGCGAUAGGGCGCCUGGCGGCGGAGGUCGGAUCGUCGUCGGGAGGCGGAGCAGCCAGGUUUGACGGCGGGAGGAGAUUCGCCACGGCGGUAGAGGGGAUUGGGGGAUUCAGAUGGGAUGGUGGCAAUCAAGAUGAGUUGAAAAAAUUGGACUUAUCUCUCAAAUUAUGAUAAAUUUGUUUUUUUUUUUAAAUAGAAAUCUGUUUGAAUUUCUUAUUGCUUAGAAUUUGUAAGAUUUUGAAUUCUUUUCCCUGAAUUUGUUUAGGAUGAAUAAAUAAAAAAAGUAUAUAUAUUAGACUAGCUUUUUCUUGUUUUUAUUAGUUUUUCCAUUUUCCGCAAUUUCCAGUGUACAUUUGGAAUUUAAUUAUAAUGAUGAGAAGUGGCUCAGCUCGAAGUAUUUUGUAAUUUUAUGUUAUAAGAAAUAUAUUCAUAUUACCGAUCA